AUGCGCUGGACGACUUGUUUGGCUGUGGCGGCUGUUGCCGUCAUCAGCGAGGCCUCGACGUUGACGCCGCCUGUUAUACCUCUCGCUGUGCGAACUCCUUAUUUAAGUACCUGGCUGGGACAUGCUCGAGAGAAUCCUUGGGACCACUGGCCUAUUUUCUGGACUGGACAAGAGGUACAGCUUUCCCGGAAUCCUUCAAAGCUGGUCGGAUUAUCGGUUUUGGCUGCGGUCCCAAAGUCCAAUACAGUAUUUCCUCUACUUGGCAGAGCUCAAGAUUCGCUCCCAAAAUCUGGAGAAACGUUCAAUGUUUCCUACCCCGCAUAUGUUGGAGCUACUUUCGAUGCCUCCACUACGAAUCUGACAUACAAAAUACCUGCACCCAAAUCCUCUCAAGAACCGCUAGAUGUUGUUCUGUCUUUUCUAUCUCCUGUAACCCCAACGUCUUCACUUCGACAAGCAAUUCCGGCAUCAUACCUCACCGUGGAAGUCAGUGGAGGAUUCGACCUUGAUAUCUAUGUGGACUUAAACGGUCUAUGGGUUAGUGCGAAUAGGGAUAAUACAAUCCGGUGGGAGUUCGGUCAGGAACACAUCGAGGGAAAGAAGCAAAAUGCACCCCUCAAAACAUGGAAAGUCAAGCGAAUGACCGAGCAGCUGCUGACGGAAGAUGCUGACCGAGGGGAAUGGGGAACCUUAUUUUUCACGGGCCCAUCAGAUGUCCAACAUGAAGCUGGUACUUCUGCUCUGCUUCGCCAACGGUUUUCGAGAACUGGAACGCUACAAAAUUCCGUUGAUGAAAACUUCAGGGCUAUUAUGGAUGACGAGCCUGUCUUUGCCUUUUCCAAGUCAUUCGAGCUCAAUGGCACCUCUGCAGCGGGUGGAAAGUCAUACGAUAGCGUCCUCUUCACAAUUGCCCAUAUUCAAGAUCCAGUCCUCCAGUACGCAUCUGCCCGGGGAAUGACUUUGAUGAAGCCACUAUGGCAAUCUUAUUACCCGACGGCAGAAACUGUACUCGAUUUCCACUACCACGACUUCGCUACGGCAUCCAAGCUUGCCGGAAACUACUCGGAGCAGCUAGAAAUAGAUGCUUUGAAAUCUGGGUCUGAAGAUUACAAGGACAUUCUUGCCCUAAGUGCUCGUCAAGUUAUGGGUGGUUGCAGCUUCGCAGGAACCCCUGACGAUCCACUUAUUUUCUUCAAGGAGAUCUCGUCCGAUGGGAACAUAAAUACUGUUGAUGUUAUCUACCCUGCCUUCCCAUACUUCCUAUACACGAAUCCGAAGUGGCUGGCCUGGCUCAUGGAGCCUCUGAUUGAGCAUCAGCUUAGUGGACAAUAUCCCAACGAUUACAGUAUGCACGAUGUUGGUGCCAGUUUCCCAAAUGCGACUGGGCAUCCGGAUGGCAACGACGAGUAUAUGCCUGUUGAAGAAUGUGGAGACAUGCUGAUUAUGGGAUUGGCUCUUGUCAACUCACUUAAAUACGAUACCGAGCCAGCCAGCAUCUGGUCUGCAGCUGGGGCAAAUAAAUACGUAGAGUCCGCUGAUGGGUCGUUCCCACUUUACAUUGACUCUGAUGGUAUGGAUGACUCUUUUGGAGGCCCAAUUUCUGCCAAGGGUGAAAAGCAAGCGCGCAAAUGGAUUGAGAAGUCCUACAGGUUGUGGAAGCAAUGGACCGGAUAUCUUGUUCGGGAAACCCUUAUCCCGAGCAAUCAAUUGUCAACGGAUGAUUUCGCUGGCUGGUUGGCAAACCAGACAAACCUCGCGGUGAAGGGAAUCAUUGGAAUUCGAGCAAUGGCCGAAAUUGCCGACCUCGUGGGAGAGACUGAAGAUGCGAAGUAUUAUCAGAAUAUCUCCGAGGUAUAUAUCAAGAGAUGGCACGACGAAUUUGCCUUCUCGCGAGACGGCACCCAUGCUAAGUUGGCAUACACCUGGUACGGCAGCUGGACCACGCUCUACAAUCUGUACGCAGAUGCCCUACUCUGCUUUCACCUACCUUCGAGUCCUAGUCCACGUUUCGCACAGGGCCAGAAGCCUUUACUCGGAUCUAAGCCAUCUAAGACCGCUUUCAUCGAUGAGAAAGUCUACAAAACCCAAAGCGACUGGUACCACAACGUCCGUCAAAGGUAUGGAUUACCACUUGACAGCAGGCAUUUGCAAACUAAAAGCGACUGGGAAUUUUUCGCAGUGGCAGUUGCUAGCAAGCAAGUGCGGGAAGAAAUAGUCGAAUCUAUAGCAUUGUGGGUGAAUGAGACAUCGACUGAUUGUCCACUUACGGACUUGUAUGAUACCGAGGGAGACGGAGGUUUCCCAGGGAAUUCUUUCAAAGCCAGACCAGUUGUGGGCGGUCACUAUGCCUUUUUGGCCUUAGAGAGAGCUUGUGGGGGAAAGGCUGUGGAGGCUCUCAGCUUCCUAGAUGACGAGCCCGCUCCCGAAUUUGCAACUGGCAGGCUCGAGUUGUAG